CAGAAGCAACUUUUCUUCUGUAAAAUUAUAUAAUUGCUUUCCUUCAGGUUUUGCUGCUUGUUUGAUAUAAUACCUCCUUCAAAAUCUAAAGCUGCAAUAUAACAAUUGUGUGAUACAAAGGAAGACGUUUUGUCAGAAGAUAUUAAGGAAGAAUACAAUGGAGAACAAUGACCAGCAGGCAAAGCAGCAGCCGCAGCAGUCACAACAGCAGCAGCAGCAGGCAUCGAAACAGCUUCCGUUGAAUCAGUUGCAGCAGGAUUCGGAUCAUGCUUUUGCUAUCGCGUUGCAAGAACAGGAAAGUACAUUUACAUUUCUGGAGACUAUUAGGAGUGACUCAGAUGACGAAAGCGAGGACGAAGAAGAGGAUGAGGAAACUGGAAGCUCAUCAUCUCAUGACUUCGCUGGAUUUGAUACCCAAGAAAUUUAUGAUGAAUUAGAAUUUCUCGAGGAGGAUGAAGAAGGUAGCUACACCGACGAGAUUGAGGAAGAUGAGAUUGAUCCAGACGAAAUGUCUUAUGAAGAAUUAUUGGCAUUGGGAGAAGUUGUUGGAGAGGAGAGUCGUGGAUUAUCUGCUGAGGAAAUUACUUCAUCAUUGUCAUCAUGUGUUCACAAAUUUGUUGAAUGCAAAACCACAAUUGAUAGGUGUGUAAUAUGUCAAAUCGAGUAUGAAGAAGGGGAACAAUUGGCUGCCUUGCAUUGCCAACAUUCAUUUCAUAAGGAUUGCAUAAAUCAUUGGCUUCAAAUAAAGAAGGUUUGUCCCAUAUGUUCUGUAGAGAUUACACCACGGUGCAAAUCUUGACAAGAUAGAACAUACAACAUUACUAUUUUCCUAAACGUAGCCCAUUCUUAAAUGUUUCGAUUCAAUUCGAAUUUGCACAUUUAUUUUAUGGGAAUUGCAUAAAGAUUUUAAGUCUACUAUGUAAAUAUACAUAUAUAAUUCUCUUAAAAAAAAUGUAAAUAUACACUAUAUGUAAUUGAAUUAAACUAAUAAACUUAUUGUGAAAUACUGAAAUGCAAA